AUGGGAAAGUUCCUGUUGACCUGCUCAAUCGUGAUUCUCUUCAUUUUGCUUCAGACGGAGGAGAUUGUCUCCAUUUCUAAAAAAGGAAGCAGUAGACUAAGCAGCACACAUCCUCCCCCAUAUCCGGUCAACCCCCAAAAUCCAAGACAUCCUCCCCCAUAUCCGAUCAACCCUCAAAAUCCUGGGCAUUUCCCACACCAACCAUAUAACCCCCAAAAUCCUCACUAUAAUCCUCACUAUAAUCCCAAGAUCUGGAAGCCCAAGCAGCCCAAGACUAAGAUGAAGCAUGUGGCCGGAGCGGCAAUUGCAGGUGCAGCAGCAGGAGCUCUUGGAGGCUACUUCCUGGGACGUGCCAUGUCUAAUCUGCAUUUUGGCUUUAACAACCCGAACGAGGAGCGUUGGUGGUACGAAAAUCGCCAUCGUUAUUCGGAUCGCGUGUACUAUCCCCAGUACGUCGAGCCUGUUCCACAAGAUAUCUUUGUGAGAGACUGUGUGAACAUCACAGUGAAAGAAUACGUCGAGCCCACUGGGAAUAAAACAGAGGAUGAGAUGGAAGCCACGGUGGUGAGGCACGUGGUCAGGGAAAUGUGCAUCGAGCAGUAUCGUACUUUCUCCAGCUCCCCAGGAGCUGGAGGCAGCUCCAGACCUCAGGGUGGCAACCCAGCGGACUCGAAGCCAAAGGGUGAUGAAGUGAAAUAUAUAGUGGGGGAACCUGUUGUGGAAGAUCCUGAGAGCUACAUCUUAGGCAGCCCCAUAGCCAAGAUGCAUUUUCGUUUUAAUGACAGUGAGGAGGAACGAUGGUGGAGUGAAAACCGCCAGCGUUUUGCCACCCAUGUUUACCACCCAAACUCUAGCCAGCCAGUUUCAAGGGAGGCUUUCUUGAGUGAGUGUGUAAACGUCACCGUAGGAGAGUACGUGAAGCCCACUGGAAACCAAACCGAGGAUGAAUUGGAAGCCAGAGUGGUCACACAGCUGGCCAACGAAAAAUGCAUGGAGAUGUAUCCCCGCUUCACUGAUCUCACAACGGGAGGCAGCUACUAUAAUCAUAAACCAGAGACUACACUGGAGAUCAAACGUGAGUUCAAACCUCAAGAAGGAGCAGCUCCCGGAGGAGCCAGUGGACACACUCUCCGUAACAAUGCUGUGUCUGAUUUGCAUUUCUCCUUUGAAAAUGUUUUGCUCCUUGUUCAUCCUUUUGCAGUUUCAGUCCUUUCCUUAAUCACGCCUUUCCUGAUCUUCUAAGGGCUACGCUUCCUAAGUCUCUACCAUGGUUGCUGUUCACUUAUCAGAGGUCUGGAAGAUCUCUCUCUCCCCAGCAAGAAUUUAGUUGUGGUUUUAUGCUUUUCUGGAGACUGCAUCAGUUCAGUACAAUGGGGUAAAAAAGAGAUGCAAUACAUGUGAUAUCUAUGAAUGAAUUCCAAUUGCCAUCAAUCAAUCAAAAGUGAUUCCUUUUUUUUGUAUUGAAUGUCAAGUCUAAUUUAAGGUGGAGACAGUGGAUAAUUCCCUCCAUUCCUGUUGCCUAGAUCCCUCAGUAGGAUCUGCUCAGUUUUUUCAGGAAAUAUUUUAGCAGUUCAAAUGAUAGUAGAAGUUGCUUUUGAGAUGGAUGGA